CUGUCGUCCUAUCCAAUUGUUUCCCAUAUUCACCAUGGCAAGCAGAGCCAUCAUCCGCCCCGCUCCCGAUCGCCCGUCCUGGUAUAUCUCGCCCAGCGACAUCACCAACCGCUCGGCCAACCCCAUCGGCCGCGGUGGCUUUGGCGAGGUCUUCACUGGCACAUACUUUGGCUCCAAGGUCGCCAUCAAGCAGCUCCUCGGAAACUACAACAACCGGGAGCUCGCCGAGUACAACCAUGAAAUCAACAUCUGGAAGCAGCUCAGCCACCCACACAUCCUCCCCCUGCUCGGCGCUUGCGAUCGAGACGACGAAGGCAAUCCGAUCUCUCCCUUCAUGGUCUCGCCGUUCAUGCCCAACGGCACCCUUCGCAACCAUGUCGCCAACAACAAUGUCCCACUCGAGGAGAAGCUCCGUCUCCUCUUCCAAGCUGCAUCGGCUCUGGCAUAUCUCCAUUCCCGUCGCAUCAUCCACGGCGAUCUCAAGGCCCUGAACAUCCUCCUGGACGGCUUGAACAACGCCGUCGUCACCGACUUUGGCAUGUCCCGCACCAAGCACACCUCUGCCUCGCUGGACCGCAACCGAUCCAUGGGCCCGACCGGCGGUACCGAAGGCUAUGUUGCACCCGAGAUGCUGGACGACGAUGAUCCCAGCGGUACCACCAUGAAGACUGACGUCUACGCCUUCGCCAUCACCAUGUAUGAGGUCCUCAACGAUGCCAAACCCGUCUGGGUCACCAACAACGGACAAGCCAUGCUCGGCCGUGCCAUUGAACGCAUUUCAUGCAACGGUAGACGUCCCAAACGGAUCGAUGGCAUCCCCGACGAUAUCUGGGCUCUCAUCGAACGCUGCUGGGCCCAAGAUCCCGCCGCCCGCCCUGCCUUCACCGAGAUCCUUGCCGGCCUCCAGCCAUACAACCG